AUGGAAAGGUGUUUCUACUUUCUUGAUGCAGUAACAUCGGCAACACCCCCAAUGCUUGAUUUACAAAGUCCCAUAAAGCAUUCCUCAUCAGCCUUGUUCUUUCUCCUUGGAGGGAUGGUUGUGCUCAUUAUAUUGCUUGUGCUCUUUUUCAUCUACAACAAAUUUAUCAAAACAGGAAGGCUGAAAAUGUUUACUGCUGGCCCAAAAAAGGGCUUAUGGACAACAAACGUGUUAAGUGGAAAUCUUCAUACAAUAAGCUAUUAUGACUUCGAGACCCUAAAAAAGGCUACCAAAAAUUUUCAUCACGCCAAUCUGCUUGGAAGAGGUGGCUUUGGACCAGUCUUUCUGGGGAAACUAGAAGAUGGAAAAUUGAUUGCAGUGAAGCAGCUAUCCCUGGAAAAAUCCCAACAAGGAGAGUCAGAAUUUCUUUCUGAGGUAAGGAUGAUAACCAGCAUACAGCACAAGAAUCUUGUCCGCCUUCUUGGGUGCUGCUCAGAUGGAGCUCAGCGGCUUCUUGUCUAUGAGUACAUGAAAAAUAGGAGUUUGGACAUCAUCAUAUAUGGAAAAAGUGAUGUAUUCUUGAACUGGAGCACUCGUUUCCAAAUAAUUAUUGGGGUUGCACGAGGUUUGCAAUACUUGCAUGAAGAUUCACAUUUCAGAAUUGUUCAUAGGGAUAUUAAAGCCAGCAAUAUUCUUCUUGAUGACAAGUUCCAACCAAGAAUUGGAGAUUUUGGCCUAGCCAGGUUUUUCCCCGAGGAUCAAGCUUAUCUUAGCACUACAUUUGCUGGAACCUUAGGUUAUACAGCACCUGAAUAUGCCAUAAGAGGAGAAUUAUCUGAAAAGGCGGAUAUUUAUAGUUUUGGAGUUCUGGUGCUUGAGAUUAUCAGCUGCAGGAAAAACACAGAUCUUGCUUUGCCUUCAGAAAAGCAAUAUCUACCAGAAUAUGCUUGGAAGUUGUAUGAGAAGUCAAAGCUGAUGGAUCUAGUAGAUCCCAAAUUGCGCGAGGAUGGAGUUGUGGAGAAGGAUGUUUUGCAAGUACUUCAUCUAGCUUUUUUGUGCCUUCAGCCUCAUGCAAAUCUGAGGCCACCAAUGUCAGAGGUCGUAGCAAUGUUAACAUGCAAAGUUGAAUUGGACGAAGCACCAAUAAGACCAGCCUUCUUGGACCGGAAGCGCAGGAAUAAUGAUCCAGCUUCAUGGGAUACUAUCUCAGAGGUCUUCCCCUCUCCACAACGGAGUAGUUCAAAUUCGUUUCCAAAACCUGGAAUACCACCUGCUUCAUCUCCAAAACAGAUGAAUCCCACUACCCUUCCAAACUCUGCAAGCAUAUCAUUGUCAAACUGA